AUGCGCGCUCUUUUUUCCAGUCUCAUCGUGGCUACUUUCUUGCCUUGCUGUUUUGCCCAUUCUUGGGUUGAGCGGCUGAUGAGAAUUAACGGGCAAGGGACAAUGGUUGGUAAUCCCGGCUAUGCACGAGGAGCAAUAUCACGACUUGCACCGGGAUUUAGUGACCUACAGAUGCAAUAUCUUUUGCCACCAGAUGGUCGCGUUGGCAUGCCAGGAAUAUAUCCUACAGAUCAUAUGUGCAAGCCAUCGCAGAGUAUAGGGAAUUACAACGCAAGCUUGCCCCAACUACAGGCCAACCCUGGAGACUACAUAGCGCUGCAGUACCAAGAGAAUGGUCACGUAACAUUGCCUGAAAACACGCCUCAAAAAAACAGUAGCGGGACAGUUUAUGUUUACGGUACUUUGUAUCCUUCUAAUGAUGAUACUUUGUUUUCUAUUCAUAAGGUAUGGAAUAAUGAGGGCACAGGUGGCAAUGCACGAGGCAGACUCUUAGCAGCUAGGCCAUUCGACGAUGGGCAGUGCCAUCAGAUCAAUCAGGGGAACAUCUCGUUGCAGCGCCAGACUCUGUAUGCUAAAGCAGCAGAGGACCCGCAAGGGGCAGACCUGUGGUGUCAAUGCGAUAUAAAAUUACCUAUGGAUAUACAAGAUCAAUACACGCUAUACUGGGUGUGGGAUUGGCCAUCUACACCAACGUCUGAGUUCCCAGCAGGUCAAGAGGAGAUAUACACUAGUUGUAUGGACCUAGCCAUUGGCGACGACAUACAGAGUGGCAAGAUGAUAUACCGGGAAGGCCAAGACUUGAACAACGCGCUUUGCUUACGCAUCUCUAGUGCUUGUAUAUCGAGCUCUUCCAGCGCAUCCUGCCUAGUGUAUCUGGUCCCCAACGGCAUGUGUAGGGGGUGGCCGGCCUUGCCAGAAGACACCAUAGUUCGAGCCCACUAUUUGGUAAAACUGAGGUGCCUGGGAGGUUUGUUCCUAGUUGGUGGGCUCAUGCCAGCUCUGCGCCAAAGGAAGAACAUGACCACUCCGCUCUGGCAUGGAUUUACAGACACGAGUGUGAGAGAACGAAUGUCCCUAGACUAG